CUCAGGGAGCGCGCAGCGCGGCGAUCGGCGGUGCGCUGUGUCCCUCGGACACAGCGGAUCACCGAUCACAGAAAGAGCCGAACAUGUCGGCUUGGUCAUGUGAACAGCUGUGCCCAAUCACAGCUGAUCACAUGGGACAUGUACACUGAUCAUCAGGGCACUGAUGAUCAGUGUGCCCUGAUGAUCAGUGUAGCCCCAGCAGUGCCAUCUGUCAGUGUCCAUCAGUGCCAGCUGUCAGUGCUGAACAGUGCCACGUGCCAGUGCCCAUCAGUGCCACAUCAAUGCCACAUAUCAGUGCCUACCAGUGCACAUCAAUGCCACAUAUCAGUGCCCAUCUGAGCUGCCUUUCAGUGUCACCCAUCAGUG